UUUUAUAUAUUAGAUAAUUUAUUUUUUACUCUUAAAAAUUUUUUCUGCCAUUUUUCUUCCAUUUUUUCUAUUAAACUUCAACCUUUCCUUUAUGUAGUAAUUAAUUUUAUUUUUCGCGCAUUAUUGUUCAUUUCUUUUAAAAAUUCUUUUUCUAAUCCAAUAUUAAAAUAAAUGACCCUAUUGUGUUUGAUUUUGUGGUCAGUUUUAUUUUUAUUUUCACACAUUCAAUCGUGACAGACAAAAAAAGAAAAAUUUAUUUUUACAAUUUUUUCGCGCGCCAGAUGCGUAGAUUUUUCAAGUUAUUUAUUUCUUUUUUUAUUUUUAGUCUGUUCGAGCUUUUCAAAUUUAUUUUUUAAUUAAUUCAUUAUCAACACAUUUUGACAUUUUUUGAUUUUUUAAAAUACCCAGAACCAGGGAUGGGCCUGGUUACCCGUAACCCUAGAGCCGAGACUUGGCCUUUUUUCGACCCGAAAUCCGAAACUGAUCCGAAGAAAAUUUUUUAAAUCCGAUCCAGAAUUCGACCCUCUGGACCUUCAAGGGCGGGUAUUUCGAGGAUAUGGAGUUUUCCCAUUUGUUUUGGGGUUUGGAACAAGUUAAGAUUAGAGUAAUAGGUGUUCCCCGUCUGGUAUAGAUAAUUAAAAAUUUUUUGUUUCGCCUCUAAAUUAAAAUUAUAACUAGAGCUAGCUAGGAUUUUUAGCUAGCUAAGAUUUUUAGACAAAUGCCUGUUUUUUCCCUAGAUAGGUCUGAAGCUAAAACGACCAAAUCAGACGUUAUUUUAUUGAAAUUUGCUUUCAAACUACUUUUAACGUUGCUAAAAUUACAUAUUUUGGCUUUUUCUUUAUGCCUUCUUUCAGCCUAUUUACAUAUUUUUACUAAAAAUUGCGCUAUUUUGGCAUUUUUUGAGAGCUCUAAUUAUUUAACACUAGGUGCCAGAAAUUCUUAUUUUCAAUUUCAGAUCAAUCCAGAAAAAUGA